AUUCCCCAGAGCAUUUCUCUUUACCCGAAUCGUUGGGCUAUUGUCACCAUAAGCCGUUUUGUAAAGUUAUAAGCGGGUUUGAGCCUGCAAAUUUCUACCCGGCUCACUUUUCGAUGGCCAUGCAAUGACUACCAAAUCCAAGUUCCUGAUCGGAGGAAGGCAGAUCAAAUAACGACGUUGCCGGAAAAUGUCGCUAACGAGGGAAGCUCAGCUUCUGAUUCAAAAAAUGGUUAAAAGCCCGCCACUAAAAGCCUUCUCAAUCUUCAACUCCUCCACCCUCCGCGGCUUCCAUCACUCCCAUCAAUCCAUUUCCUUCAUUCUCCACCACCUCCUCGCCUCCAACUUGAUCUCCCACGCCCAGUCCCUCAUCCUCCAAGUCCUCUCCGGCCGCCUUUCCUCACCGUUCUUCACUCCUUCCUCCCUCCUCGGCCACUUAACUCAGCCCAAUCUGAAUCCAACCUCCGUCUGCGGCAAUCUAUACGAAGCAAUAGUCAAUGCCCAUGCUCAAUCUCAGUCUCCGGAGCAAGCCCUUUACUUUUUGAAGCAGAUGGUUGAGCAGGGCCUCGUUCCCAGAUCGAACACUUUCAAUAAUCUGUUGGGGUCUCUCGUGAAGGCGAAAGAUCACGGAAAAGCGUGGCGGGUUUUCGAUGAGUUUAAGGGCAAAGUUGAAUUGGAUGUGUAUAGUUUUGGGAUAGUGAUGAAAAGUUGCUGCGAGGCCGGCAAUUUGGAUCGGGGAUUUGAGCUUUUGAUUGAAUUAGAGGAAUUAGGUUGGGUGCCGAAUGUUGUUUUGUACACUACAUUGAUCGAUGGAUGCUGCAAAAAUGGCGAUUUGGAGCGUGCCAAGAAGAUGUUUUCAAAAAUAGAGGAGGUUGGUUUGGUUGCCAACCAGUAUACUUACACUGUUUUGAUUCAUGGGUUUUUCAAGAAAGGGUAUAAAAAAGAUGGGUUCGAGCUCUACGAGAAGAUGAAAAGUAAUGGGGUUGUUCCGAAUGUGUGUACUUAUACUUGUUUGAUCAAUGAGUGUUGCAGUAAUGGGGAAGUGAAGAGAGCCCUGAAACUGUUCGACGAAAUGCGUGAAAGAGGGGUGGCUCGCAAUGUGGUAGCGUACAACACCGUGAUCGGUGGGUUGUGCAAGGAAACAAGGAUUUGGGAAGCUGAUAACUUUGUGAAUCGGAUGAAGAGGGAGGGUAUUAGUCCGAAUGUAGUUACGUACAAUGCGCUGAUUGAGGGGUUUUGCAACGUCGGAGAGUUGGACAGGGCUUCGAGUUUAUUUAAUCAGUUGAAGUCAAGUGGUCUGUCUCCAACUUUGGUGACUUACAAUGUUUUGAUUCAAGGCUUUGCUAGAGCACAAAAUUCUGCAAGAGCUUCUGAUUUGGUGAGAGAGAUGAGCGACAGAGGCGUUUCUCCUUCGAAAGUGACAUACACAAUCUUGAUCGAUGACUUGGUUCGAUCUGGUUACACGGAAAGAGCAUUUCAGAUAUUCUCCUCCAUGGAGAAGGCCGGAGUAGUGCCUGAUGUUUACACCUACGGUGUCUUGAUUCAUGGGUUAUGCACGAAAGGUGAUAUGAAGGAAGCAUCGAAGCUGUUCAAAUCAAUGGGUGACAAGCAUUUGAACCCAAAUGAUGUCGUAUUCAAUAUGAUGAUUCAUGGUUACUGCAGAGAGGGUAGCUCUUACAGGGCACUGAGGCUGCUCAAAGAGAUGAGAAGGAACGGAAUGAUUCCAAAUGUGGCCAGCUACAGUUCGACCAUUGGAGUUCUCUGUAAUGAUGGGAAGUGGGAGGAUGCCGAAAUGCUGCUCAAGGACAUGACAGAGUCAGGUUUAAAACCACCAGUUUCUUUGUAUAAUGUAAUAUCUCGAGUGAAAUUUAAUAAGACACUGGUGAAGUUAUGAACGUUUGAAUGCAA